UGUUGUACAGCGAGCACGAGAGGGAGAGGAGAGGAGUGUGAGCGCAGCAGCUGAGUGAGCAAACAUUAGGUUGAUACAUAAGGUUAUCUUUCGAAACUAUCGCGCAUCGACCUGUCACUUUAUACCGUUUCGAGCCGUGUACUUGCCGAGAGGACUCCUGGAGCAGCAGGAGCACCCGGGUCUGGUCUGGUCUGCUCGGGCAGCCGCCUGCGAAAAAACUCCCAAGCGCGGUCGUCUCAGCUGGCAUGAGCUAACCCACCAGGCAGACAUGGAAACCAAACCAUUCUUGUCAUUGGGGUUCCUGAAGCCCCAGUGCUCGUUGGCUCCUCCUAUGCAGCGAGGUCGCUCAGGAGAUGUCUGUUCCUGUUUCAGUGGCAUGUGUCCCCUUCAUCAGCGGCGCUUGUCCUCAGACUCAUCAGGCCAUGUGUCCUCCCCCCUCGGCUCACCCACAUCCCACCGAGGAAUGCACCCAUCUUUGCUGAGCCCAACAUCAAUGGGGCCCUCCGGUUCCCUUCACUCCCCCAUCAGCUCGCUGAGUUCUCCCAUGAACGGCCUGACGUCACCCUUCUCCGUCAUCAGCUCACCGAUGGGUCCCCACUCCAUGAAUUCGCCUGGGAUGGGCUACGGCCCCAGUGUGAGCCCCCAGUGUUCAUCAACCCUGUAUUCAAUGAAAAGCUAUUGCCAAGAGAUGUUGAACUCUCCGAUGAACUCGGUCAGCAGCACAGAAGACAUAAAGCCCCCGCUGGGUCUCAACGGCGUGAUGAAGGUGCCCGCUCAGCCCUCAGGAACAGCUGUGUCACUCACCAAACACAUCUGUGCCAUCUGUGGUGACCGCUCCUCAGGUAAACACUACGGGGUGUACAGCUGUGAAGGCUGUAAAGGUUUCUUCAAAAGGACGGUGCGAAAAGACCUAACAUACACCUGUCGCGACAACAAGGACUGUGUCAUUGAUAAACGCCAGAGGAACCGCUGCCAAUACUGCCGCUACCAGAAGUGCUUGGCCAUGGGAAUGAAAAGAGAAGCCGUUCAGGAGGAGCGCCAACGAGCCAAGGAGAGAAGUGAGAACGAGGUGGAGUCAACCAGCUGCGCCAACGAGGACAUGCCCGUGGAGAAGAUCCUGGAAGCAGAGCAGGCGGUGGAACCUAAAACCGAAACCUACAUCGAGACCAACCUUGGCGUGCCAUCCAACUCGCCCAACGACCCGGUGACGAAUAUAUGUCAGGCGGCCGACAAACAGCUCUUUACUCUGGUGGAGUGGGCCAAGAGGAUCCCUCACUUCUCGGAGCUACCACUGGACGACCAAGUCAUCCUUCUACGAGCAGGUUGGAAUGAACUCCUCAUUGCAUCAUUCUCGCACCGUUCGAUAGCGAUUAAAGACGGGAUUCUGUUGGCGACUGGGCUGCACGUGCACCGCAACAGCGCCCAUAGUGCUGGAGUGGGAGCCAUCUUUGACAGAGUGCUAACAGAACUGGUGUCAAAGAUGAGGGACAUGCAGAUGGAUAAGACAGAACUGGGGUGCCUUCGAGCGAUAGUACUUUUCAACCCAGACUCUAAAGGUCUGUCCAACCCAGGCGAGGUAGAAGCUCUAAGAGAGAAAGUGUACGCGUCUUUAGAGGCCUACUGCAAACAGAAAUACCCCGAGCAGCCUGGCAGAUUUGCCAAGCUGUUGCUGCGGUUACCAGCACUGCGUUCCAUCGGCCUCAAGUGUCUGGAGCACUUGUUCUUCUUCAAGCUCAUCGGUGACACGCCUAUUGACACCUUCCUCAUGGAGAUGCUAGAAGCCCCGCAUCAAAUGACAUAAUAGCAGAGAGGGCUGACCUCUCUCACCCCUUUCUCUCCUCCCCCACGUCUCCCACCCGCCCUGGAUCGGGAGCAGGGUCCUUUUUUUAAAAAUCCCAGCUCCAACAGGGGACAGAUCACGUGAUGACUUUGAAUGGAGAUCCUCUCCCAUCCUCCCUUGUUCCCUUUUCUCCCCGGCUACCUUUGAUGUGUUUCAAAACAAUGAAUUCAUCAUGUCUUUGGGUCUGUUUUAUACCUUGUAAAAAUAUAUAAAUAAGAAAUAUAUAUGAAAAUGUCACCGCAACAGGAGCGACAGCAGCGGACUGAAAUAAGGCCGGACUGAGGACAAAAGAAACAAAAAUUUGAGCCAUCGUUUUCAUCCUCGCUUUUCCUACACCUUGUCAAGAAAAAGCUGAGAUGAUCAGGUUUUAGCACCCACAGUUUUGCUUGCAGGUAUAAUUAAAAAAAACAAAGCAGCGGUGAUGUCAUGUUCGGGCACUCAGCGUUGUGAUCGGGACAAUCGUGGACUGGGAGAGCCUCAGGCUGUCUACACUUAGACCUGAGCCCUCUCUCUCUUUCUUUCUCUAUCAGGACUGAACUUUCUUCGGGGUGGGGGGUGACAGUGGGGGACAAUAUGUCUGCUCCAAAAGGAGCUUGUCUGUUCCUGCCUGACUCGAUUGAACAUGUCAGAUCUUGCACUAGCUGUUUUUUUGAAGUGUGAGCUUUUGUGGAGCAGAACUCAGAGGUGGGUUAACAAGACUGCAAGUGCUCAAAAACCUCAGGUCUCUGCCCAAUUCCAACAAAUACAACUAUGUCUUACUCUAUUAGCACUGUGCAACGUCGCGGAGGACGGCAUAUUCUUUCACUAAUCAGCUCGUCGGUUGAUAUUAACUGACCGAACAAGAAUUGGGAGAGCUUAUUUUGUACAAUCUGUGCAGUCCUUCUGCACACAGGAAGGUGCAGGCUGUUGUAAAUUAGCCAUACAUUAGCUUUAUGCUACAUGAUGCUCUGAGAGGCAACCAACAGGGGCAGGAACAACUUUUUGUUUUCCUAUUUGAAACAACUGGCCUCUGUUGAAACCUCACAGGUGAUCACAACAUGCUUGGAAGGCUGCAGAGUGAGCACACGGCCUCAUCUGUGGGGAUGAAAUGUUGUUUAAGCCGGCCCUCUGAGCUCAAUUUUGUCCUUUUUCCAACCUCUCUCCACUUCUCAUUUCAUGUGAAUUUCAGCACACCAUUUACACCUCCACACUCAGAAAUCCCCCUGCUCCACGCAGCGGGUGUUAGCUUUUCAAAUCACCUCAUAUCUACCUGUACAGAAAGUUACAACCAUUUACAGUAUUGAUGUUAUCAGUUUUUAAUUUUAACAACAGCGAUGCACUAUUACCUCUGUUUCCAUCAUUCUGACCUUCAGUUCUUGACACUCAUCUUACCAUUUGCAGUAUACGGGAGAGUGCUUGUCGUUGCAGCAGAGCCAUUAUUUGUUUAUUUGUUUGUUACUUGGCACUUAACCUCAUGACAGUGGAGUCGGGUUCCUAAACGGAGAGCUGAUGUUGAUGCAACGGACCUCUGAGGUGGAAUUUGGCCCGGGCCCAAUCAGGAAUGCCUAAAUAGUGUUCCUCCUCAGAGGGACACGCACACUCGCUCUCUCUGCACUUCUCUGGACAACCAAGUGUCAUUCACAUUGAACUGAAAUGUUAGAUAUCUCCAUGUUGUGUAUGCUUUAUGCUCAUAUUCUGCUUUUUUCUCCUUUCCAUUUCUCUAAAUGCUGCAGCUGCUGCAAAACUAUGCAUCGAGUGCAUUUCCAAAGAUUGUCUACAGAGAGAGUGCAUGUUAGUCUGCCUCAAACAGGUCUGAUAACCUUUUCAAACACACGUUUUGAGGUGUGGGAUUUUUGUCAUAUUUUCCUGGACUGGAGUAUAUUUCUUAUUUGGGUUAUUUUUCCACUCUUCAGAUAUUUGAUAGUCACUCUGUGAUGGUUUCUUCACCCUGGUGUGUUAAACAGAGAACAAACAGCUUACAGCCGUCAUCUUUUAAAAGUGUUUCAUGGAGUAGCCAAGCAUGGCGAUCUUUGAGGUCAUGCUAAAUAAAGCUGUUGCUCAGUUUGAUGUGAGAAAAUCACUAAAAGAGGAUUAAAUCACUUCAACACACAUGUUGAACUAAAAGAAAGGAAAGAAAAUCAAACCUUAACACUGUGUUUUCAUUAACCUUUAGAGAAGAAGUAUUGAGUCCUGAGGGUGCCGCGUCAGAUACACUUUUCAGCAUUUACAAAUGAUCUGUUUAAAACACACCAACUCAAACAAAAUAGUACAAUUUUCUUUUCAGUUAUGGAUCCAAUGCCGUAUAAUUAAGUCAUUCAUAAUGAAGAUAUAAAUAAGAAAUGGACAUUUGAAAUAAUCAAUUCUUUGAAUGAUCUCCAAAUAAUUGAUUUUAUAAAUCAAAUGAAGAUUCAUACUUACUUUAAAAAUACUUUAAAGUUAUCUAUUUAAAGGUCCUGUGAGGAUCUUUCAGGCUGUGUGGAUUAUUGCGCUCCAUGUGGACAAAGCAGUACCUUUUAAUUUUUUAACAGGCUUUGUCCUAAACAUGUAAAAGUCAUACUUUUAACAAAAACUCUCAUUCUGAUUUAUUUGAACACUUAAAAUAAUCACUCAUGGAAACUGUUGCUGAAGAAAUGUAAUUAGAGUCUGUUUCUCGGCAACUUCAACUGUCACCCACUGGAGUUUUAAGAAAUUAAAAAUAAUGAUAAAGAAAGAGUCAGUCUUCAUGUUCAUGUUCUCAUUGUGUUUUUCAGUCAUAUAGAGACAACAGUAUUAAUUUAAUUAUUUUUCAUAAGCAUAUAAAAACUCCUCACAGGAGCUUUAAGUUCUCCAUCUGUUGUCAGUUUCCACUUUAUACUGAUUCAUACUGUAAUUAAUCAAUUUAAACAUUUAAAGCUUCUUAAAGAUUACAUAGAAUUCAGACAGUGAAAGGAGUAACAGAGGCUCAAACUGACCUGUGUUCAGCUUAUUUUCUUCAUAAUAAUGAUGUCUGAAAAAGCUGUUAUUUGGUGGCACCAUCAGGACUCCAUAGAUGUUGACUGCCGUCGAGACACCAACAAUAAAACGGCCAUUUGCCAAUUUCUCUCUGUAAAACGUAUUCCCAGACACCUCCGUGAUCUCUGUCCUUGAGAAGAAAAAAAAAAGGGAAAGAAUCUGUUCUGAAAAGUCACACACUGCUCACUUCUCACAGGACUACAACAUAACCCAACACCAGAGAGCAUGAGGGAUGUGUGAGCUCCCUCUAGUGGAAGAGAAGCAGCACUGCAACAGUACUUGAAUUUUUCUACAAGUAUUUAAUCAGACAAAAAGAUGGCACUUUCUGACAGCGUUCUUAUCAUCAUCGUUCCUCUAUUAGACAAACCUCAGUGUCUGUUUGUUGAGACUUUGAAAAAGUAGCAAUAACCUCAGUAUGACUUAAUGACUUGUUUUAAUUUACUAAACACUUUCAUUAAGGUGGCCUGUAUUCAAAGAAUCUAUCCAGGUGACAGUAUUGACUGCCAGUAUGAGCUCAGUUUACAGCAUUCGUAUUCUGGAAAGUUCUACUUUGUACUCGAUCAAUCAACAGUUACAAUCAUGACAGCAAAGAGAGCUUUACUUUGACAAUUUAUAUGAAGACAGGCUCCAUUUUGGGAUUUCUCCUGAGAAAAACUUAAUCACAAUAUUUCACUGAUAUCCAGCAAUGAAGCUUUUGUUUUCGACUGGAUGACCCAACUUAAAAAAAAAUAAUACCCUCCUUCUCCUUUAAUUCUGAGGUCUCCUCUUAGUUUACUGUGAUCUGUGAGCGCAGGUAUCUUAAGCCAUAAGGUGGAUGUUUAUGUGCAAGCUCACCCCCGAACAGACAAGGAUCUUGACUACAUUAAGAAACAUAGAAUGAUUACUUACGUGAAUGCUUUUAACAUAAAGCUAUAUUUUGUUAAUAUGUAUAUGUGUAUAUAUUUAUAAAUAUAUAUCAACAGAGCUGUUCCUGAAUUAUUUCUGACAUUGAAAGACGAGUCUUUCAGACCAAACAGUUCCACGCCAGGUGUUCUUCAGCUGAAGAGUUGUGCUGUGUUCUUUGACUCACAAACACCUGAGACGUUUUUUUGAACUUCAAACUUGACUUUGUAAAUUUAGUCCUGAUCAACCAGCAGAAUCGCAGCAGCUCUGAACUUAAAAAAAAAAAAGAACCAGCUUUCCAGCAGUCUCUGGAACCUCGAAACAAAAAACACAAGAGUAAAAAAAAAGCAAAAAAGGUUAAGACUUUAAAACCCUCAAAUGUAUGUGUUGCUUGGCAAUUGUGUUCAAAAAGUGUAAUCAGGAAAAAGCUGAGCUCGUGACACAAUCACUGCUUUCUUUGUUGCAUAGACAGAAAAAAAUGUUCAAGUGAAAAUGAAAACAAAAAAAAGAUGAAAACACUUGGAAAGAUCUAUUUUUGUACAAAGGUAAUUUUAUCCCUCGCUUGUGUACUCUGUUCUUUCCCCGUUUCUUCUGUGAGCUCUUGUACGCGUCGUGGAAAAGCUUAUUGAAAGAUUCAAGAGACGAUUUUCAGAUUGAAAAUUUAAGUGGGGGGAGUCAUUUGCUUUGGCACCUUGGUAACUGUGUCGCUUUUACUUUGCCAUUUUCAACCUGUCGCUGCAAGAUGGGAAUGUCUUUCAUUAUUUUUAUGUCUAUUUUUAAGGAGAUGGAAUUUUUGUCAUCUGUUCUUUGUUGGUUGUUCUCUGAUGUUCUAUCUUUCAUGGACAGAAAAAAAGGUUAUUAAAAAACUCAAAAGUGA